AUGCUAGCUGUUUGUAUACUGAAGCUACACACCACCAUGCAAUUAAUUUGUUGCAUAUGUAAAGAAGUGACAGAUAGAUGUCGUCCAUGGGAAGCCGCGGCGAUUUCAACACAUCACCGUUACGGAAAGCGGAAAGAAAACGAUCAAUACUGGAAGCAGGUUCCUGUUUGCACACAGUCGCGCUCCGACAACCUUCGGGAAAAGAUUGUACUCUUUUCAAGUUUAGAUUCUCAAAUUGCGCAGAUGGCGUUCAUGAUACCAGUGGUUCGUAAUGAUUGGGACGUGUGGAUGCGCUCCGGGAAGCCUCGUCCGUCGGGGAAAAGCUCACGUAAUAAUGGACAGACUACCGAAAGCCGCUCGGAUGACACGAAUUUAUCGACCACCCCCAGCCGUAACGGCAUCAUGGCGGAUACCCACAGGAAUAAAAGAAGUUUAGCCAUUGAGAUUCGUAACCAGCAACAUUUAAGGAUCAGCGGCGGUAGUCUUCCUUCCAACUUCCAAUCUGCCCAUGUCACGCUGCCUCUAAGCGGAUCUUCUUCGCGACAUCGACGACCUCUGAACGGCACCUCACGUCUCCAUUCGAUGCAUAGUAGUUAUCGCGUAGGGAAAAGUCGUGCUUUCGAACCGGAAUCAGUGGUCGCCGAGGACGAAGCAACUGCUUCCCUACCUAACAGUUUUGAGGGAGUUUCCCCGCCUACGAAAGUUGGUUCACAAAAUUCCUUGCAAAAGUUCCAUACCCGCUUGGUUGAUCGUCUCCGCCGUUCGCUACGACUUAAUUCAACAUCCGCUUCCGUCGGAAGAGAUAACUGUGUGCCGGAGAAAACGGUAGCCGCACGUCGUCAUAAAGAAAGUUGAUGACGUAAAACUGUUUCAAAUGUCUACGUAAGUCAGAAAACCAAGUACCGGAUCCAAAAACUUUUACGAAUAAUGGUGACGUCAAACGUUGUUAUUCCCCAAAUUUCAUGCUCUUAUACAAUAAUUCCGGUUUUCCAUAGUUAGCCGGUUAUGCUUAAUGCACGUCAAUGUACAUUUUUUCAAGCAAGUACUAAGUAUACGUUUGUACGUUUGUUGACUCAAAGCCGACAAAUCGAGUGUAUCUGACAUGUCCAGAAAUCAGAAAUUUUUGCAGCGUUCGCACCCCUUUUUAAAUGUGGCGCUUUUAUUCUUGCCCGUGGCAAUAUACUAAGUCUACAUGUUCA